AUGAAUUUAACUACGAGAUUUGUGGACUCUUUUAGUCUAACAGAUGAUCUGCUGACUCAAAUUAUUUAAGAUAAACAGACAAUAAGUUUAUCUUUGAGACAGCUAAGUAAAUUACAUCAUCUUCAAAAAAUGUUAGAAGAGUUUUAAUUUCUGAAUAUUGUUUACAGUGAUUAGAGUAGAGUGAGGUAAAUCUAAAUUUUAUUUUAGAAAGAUGAUGUUAACAAGAACAAAAUCAAAUCUAAAUCUUCAAUAAUAAUUAUGUUAUUAAAUAGAUAAGAAAAUAGAUGAUUUCAUGGUAUAAAUUGUAAAAAUGUUUUAGAACUUUUUUAAGAAAUUGGACUCAAUAUUGUUUUAUACUAUGAAUAUGUAACUUAUUUCUGAAAAUUGUUUGGAGUUUUUAUAGCAAAUAGCGGAUUUAAUAUUGGGAAGUCCUGCAUUUACAGUUAUUUAUGAGAUUAAUAAGAAAGUGAAUGGAAUGUCAACUCAUGUAAAGGAUAUAGAGAAUGCUUAUCAGAAGUUAUUGAAAUUUAAGGAGAGUACAAAUGUAGAAGGGAGUGAACUUGAUAACUUAUUUGGCCCAAAUUAAUUAUAUGUUUACAAAAACAAAUAUUCAUACUUGAUUUAUGAUGUGAAAGAUGUGCCAUUUAAGGCAUUUCCAGAUUAUAGAUUGAUAUUGGAUUAGUUUAUAUCCCUUGCUUAUGAUUUUUAGAAAGAAAUAUAUGAGUGAGAUUUAUAUCUAUAAACAUUUAGCAAAGAGAAUUUAGUGAGCAUAAUAAGAGGAAUAAAGUCAAGGUUUAUAAAGAAUUCAACGAGAAUUUGUUAAGAAAUCAUUCGAUAGCAAGUUACUGAAGUAUUAUCUAGUUAAUGGUAUAAUAAUUAAAUUAAUAAAUAGUUGGAUAGAAAUGCCAGACUAAAUACAAUACAUGAAUGAUUUAAUAAUAGAUUAAAAUGGUUAUGUGGUAUUGCCAGUAAAAUUAGAUAAGAGAAUCAAAUAUUAUAUAAAGAUUGAAUCUCCAAACAUAGAUAUGAUUACAUUUAGUGAUUAUGUAAAAUUAAAUUAAAAAAUAUUAUAGAUUUAAUAAUUAUGGUAGAGAUUGACAUAUCAGUUAAAAGAUUUGAAGAAUGAAGAAUUUUUAAAGUAAAUGUUAGAAGUUAAUUCUCCAAAUAAAUUAUAUUUGUAAUUAGAUGGAGAAGGUAAUAUAAGAUAUUAGAGCUGUUGUAUACCUGAUUCUUGGUAUUUUAUGUUAAUUAAGGGGGGCACUCUUGAAGAUUUACAAUUAGAAUAAAUAAAUAAACAAAGCUUGAUUUAAAAAAUGCAAGAAUUAAAAUCUUCAGCAAAAGGUGCUGUUAGUGUUUGUUAAAUAUGUUUUGGUGAUAAAGCAGUGGAUGUUGAUUUAUUUGCUAAAAGAAAUGAGGAAGAUGAAAUUACUGAUUAUUAUACUGUUUUUAAUGCACCUAAAAAGUAUCCCAUCUUCUCUAUCUAAGGAAAUAUGAGGAUGAUCAUAGGAUAUCUGCAUAGUUAUGUAGUGAAACUAAAUUGCAAGAAUUGAGUAAAGCUGCUUUGAUUAAUAUUAAAAUGGAGAAGUUAUCAAAAGCCUGUAAUGUGAUGAGAGAAUAUCUGAAGGUUAAUCUUACUGAUGAGGAAAUCAUUGAUCUACUAAAAGAGAAAGAUAUUAUUAAAGAAGUUUAUAAUCAUUAAUCUAUUACUGAUGAUAUUAGAUCAUCUUAUGUGAUGGAAUAUUAUAAAGCUGAAUCAUCUAAAGUUAUGAGAGAUUCUGUUUAGGGUAGUUAACAAUACAUUAUUGAAUCAGAACUCACAAAUAUCAAAAGUAAUGUCCAUAUCUAAUUUUUUAGAAUUUGAUCUCUAUACUUUAGAUGCAAAUGAUAUUUCUAAUCUUAGUGACUAUUCAUUUGAUAUUACUGUUGUUCAAGAUAAAAAUGAGUAAUUGAGAUAUACAUGGGCUCUAUUUCAUUUGUGUAAUUUCAUUGAUCUUUACUAAAUCAAUAAAGAAGUAUUCUAUUAAUUCACUGUUAUUGUACAAGAAAAAUAUACUUAUAGGUAAAAUCCAUUUCAUAACUUUGAUCAUGGAUUUACUGUUGCUCAUGCUUGUUAUUAUAUAAUCAAAAGUAAAAGCAUGAAUCAAUAUUUUGAUAAAUUCAUUUAAUUUACUGCUCUACUUUCUGCCUUAUGUCAUGAUAUUGAUCAUACUGGACGUAAUAAUCAUUUUGAAAGUCAAAAAUUAUCUAAAUUAGCACUUAGAUAUAAUGAUGAAUCUGUUUUAGAAAAUCAUCAUGCAUCUGUUAUGUUCAAAAUUCUAAAGAAGGAAAAAUAUAAUAUUUUGAGUUCUCUUAGCUAAGAUUAAUUCCUUAUAUUUAGAAAAUAUGCUAUUGCAAAUAUUUUAGGAACUGACAUGAAAAAACAUUUUGAAAUUGUUAAAUAACUAGAACUUAAAUUAUCUAAACUCCCAGAUGAACCAUUUAUAUAAAAAGAAGAAGAUAAGAAAUUUUUAUCAAGCGCUAUUAUACAUACUUGUGAUUUAACUAUGUAAUCUAAAACUUUCAAAUUGGCAUAGAAAUGGUCAAAUCGUAUAGCAACUGAAUUUUCAGAUUAAGUUUUUGAAGAAAAAUAAUUAUCAUUACCUAUUACCUAACAUUUUUUACCAUUAGGAACACCUAAUUUCAAUUAAUUAUUAGCUAAAUAAGAAAUUUCAUUCAUUAAAGUAUAAAUUUGUAACUAUAUUUUUUUUUAGUUCAUUGUUAAACCUGCUUUUGAUUUAACAGCAUAAGUUUUAUAAACAGGUUUAGAAGUACCAUUAAAAAAUCUAGAAGAAAAUCUUAAAGAGUGGGAAAAUUAGAAAUGAUAAAAAUAAAUCAGUUGUUGUAG